AUCUUUAUAUAAUGACCACUUAGAAUUCUUUUCUUUUGCUAGCUAGCCACCCAAAAGCUUUGUAACAUGAAGUACAAUGAGAUAGCUCAUUUUAGCCACCCUCAACACAAACUAAGAUAUGAAUACUCAGAAUUUCCAUUCAAAUGUGAUGGUUGUAAAGAAGUAGGCAUAGGGUCACGUUACAAAUGUACAAUUUGUGACUAUGAUUUACAUAUGCAUUGUGCAAUUCCUUCACCUUCAAUUACACAUCCAUUUUACACUAAAUGUUCUUUCCAAUUCCUCUCUCGUCCCCCCGGUAACGUACCGCGCUAUUGCAACGCUUGUGAGAAGGACAUAAAUGGAUUUAUGUACCAUUGUAGGUCUUGUGGAUUUGAUCUUCAUCCAUGUUGUGCUAAACUCCCUAUGGUGCUUGAUGAUGGAGAUGUUAAGCUUUACUUGUAUAGAAAGAUAAGUGCAACAUGCCACAGGUGUGGAAGGAAAGGGAGAAACAGAAGCUGGAGUUAUAGAUCUACAUGCAAGAAAUACAAUUUACACGUGGCAUGUGUUAAAGAGAUGCUUGUAGAUAGUUGGCAUGAGCUCUACUUUGGUAAUGAAGAUCAUAAUUAUAACAAUAAUAGUUAUAAUUAUAGAAAAUUGGAAAAUAAGAUGCCAAGUCUAAAAGGUACACUUCAAACUCAUCAUAAAAAAAGCAAAGGCAAAGCCCAAAAAUGUUGUGAAGUGGCUGGUUUAGCUUUGCAGUUUAUUAUAUCUGCAGUACUUGGAGACCCUACAACUCUUAUUGCUGGGGUAGUUGGUUCAUUAAUGUCUAAAUAAUUAUGUAAAUUAACUAAACCAAACUAUAUUCAGGUUUUAAUAUAUGGUCAAGAUUGGACAUCGACUUGAUUAUGGACAUAAUUAAGUUGGACUAAUAAUAGUUAUCAUGUGGAAAAAAAAAUGGUGGUUUGUUAGAAUUUGGGAUGUUGUAGAAAUUUAAUGUAUUAAUCAUUAUACAUGCAUACGAUUUAACGUUAUUUCUAUUUCUAGUAAAUGUGUAUCAUCUUCGUA